AGGACAAGAUCGGCACGGACAAGGCGUGUUACCGGGACAUGUCGUCCUUCCCGGAGACCAAGGCGGAGAAAUACGCCAACCGCAGCAAGGGCAAGAAGUUCCUGCAGUACAACCGGCGCCAGCUGAGCCGGAUCUAUCCCAAGGGACAGCGCCUGGACUCCUCCAACUACGACCCGCUGCCCAUGUGGAUCUGCGGGAGCCAACUCGUGGCCCUCAACUUCCAGACGCCCGACAAACCGAUGCAGCUGAACCAGGCGCUCUUCAUGCUCGGGGGCCGCAGCGGGUACGUCCUGCAGCCCGACAUCAUGAGGGACGAGACCUUCGACCCCUUCGACAAGAACAGCCUGAAGAUCGUGGAGCCCAUCACGGUCCAGCUGCAGAUCCUGGGCGCCCGGCACCUGCCCAAGAACGGGAGGAGCAUUGUGUGCCCCUUCGUGGAGGUGGAGGUUUGCGGCUCCGAGUACGACAACAGCAAGAACAAGACGGAUGUCGUAGCCGACAACGGCUUCAACCCCGUGUGGCUCUUCAAGCAGUUUGUCUUCGACAUCAACAACCCCGAGUUCGCCUUCCUGCGCUUCGUGGUGUAUGAGGAGGACAUGUUCAGUGACCCCAACUUCUUGGCACAGGCCACCUUCCCUGUCAAGGGCCUCAAAACAGGCUACCGGUCGGUGCCGUUGAAGAACAGCUACACCGAGGACCUGGAACUCGCCUCCCUCCUCAUCCACAUCGAGAUCAUCAACGCCAAGGAGGAAGACGAGGAGAACCUCUACUCGUCCAUCCAGCAGCUGCGGGACCGCGCCAGCGAGCUCUCCAGCCAGGUCUCCAGCUACGAGCGCACCAACGGCUGCGACUCCCGCUACCAGCAGCGCCUGGACGAGCUCCGGGCGGCCCAGGAGCGGCUCAUGGAGCUCACCGAGGUCCGCAACCGCAAGUUGAUGGAGAAGAAGAAGAGGGACCGGCAGAUGGUCACCAAGCGCAGCUGAGCGGGAGGGCCGCGAGCGCGGGAGCUCCCCGGCCACCUCCUCUCCUGCCGCACGGGGAGAUGGGGUGGCCACAGCUGGUCCCCUGCCCGUGGUCGGGACUGGGUGACCUCCAGCUUUCAUCCCACGUCCCCUGGGGCUCGUGGCCACGUCCCUGUCCCCACGGGGUGGCCGCCGUGGCUCCUCUUCCCCCUCCAUCCUCCAACAGGGAAACUGAGGCACGGGGGCCCAGCCGGGCCGGGAUGGGGCGGGACCGGCCACCUCCAUCCUGGGGACGGGUGACAGGAGGGGCUGGCAGUGAAACCCCAGGGUGGGGACACAGGGGACACUCUGGGGGGGGUCAGGGGGAUGUUUUGUCCCCCCCCUAUAAAUAUCUGUAUUUUCUUCUUUUAUCCAGCCUGUACAUACGGCGGGGGGGGGGAGGGGUGUCUGGACCAGCCACAGUAUUAGGGCACAAGGGGGGGGGACCCCAAAAUGUCCGGAGAUGUCCCAGCAAGGGAGCAGGGGACGAGUCUGGGGGUGUCCCACAGGGCAGGGCAGUGACAAGGUGCCCUGAGGUAGAUACGGGCACCCCGGUGGUCCCGGAGGGGACAGGGAUGGCACCGAGGAGACCCAGUGUUGUCACCAAAC